CAGCUCCCUGCUCCCUCCUCUGCAGGCCUCUCCUUGGCUCACAAUAUUGCAUCGAUCAGCUGUGUCUGCAAUUACAGCUGCACAAAAUCCCGCUCGAGCAAACGCUUCGAUCAACUCUCCGACUCUGCACCUGCCGACAUGUCUCUACAGGCAGAAUUUGAGAAGGUGGCAGAGGAUGUGAAGAAGGUGAAGACAAGGCCAACGAACGAGGAGCUGCUGGUCCUGUACGGCCUUUACAAACAGGCUCUCGUUGGAGACGUUAAUAUUGAUAAACCAGGAAUGCUGGAUGGAAAAGGAAAAGCCAAGUGGGAUGCCUGGGACUCGAGGAAAGGAAUGUCCAAGGACGAUGCUAUGUCAGCCUACGUCACACAAGCUAAGGAAGUCAUCGCCAAAUACGGGAUGUAAGAUCAGCAUUAAGCUGAAGAGGCAGAACUAAUGCACAAACUAAUUCAGCUACUAAAACUAAGCUGCUUUUAUAUAAUGGACAGCCCUCUGCUUUCAGAGGCCAUGAUUAUGCAGAACAAUAUGUGAUUUUCUUCUCACAUUCUUAAUGUUUUUUUAAUUUUUUUUAUCUAGUACUGUUAAGUUGUGCAACUACACAACUUCAAUGCAGCCUUUAAUGUUAAAAAUAUUAACUUAACUAUUAACUGAUGUGAUAUACUUUGCAUACAGCACUGAUUUGUAGCUUGAAUUAAAUCAAGGUAAAUAAAAUGCUGACAACUGUGAAACUGCACAAUUUGAAAAUUAAAAUGUCUGUUACUUG